AUUAUUUAAAGAAAAUAAAAAUAUUUUAAAUUUAAAAUUACUAUACUCCCAUUGGUUAUUAUGACUAAUACGUUUUCAAAUUAUAAAUUAUUAGAAAUGCUUAACAAGAAAAGAACAAUUCUAUACCUUGGAAUUAUUUUCAUUAUUAUUAUUUGGUUGGUAAAUAUUAAAAAAAGAGAUGCAGCACAAUAUCAAGCUUUAAAUGAAGCUUUAAAACAAACAAGGCAUCAGUUAAAAAUUCAAACUGAUAGUUAUAAUGUUUUAAAAGAAAGAUUUGAAAGUAUUUGUGAUAAAUGGAAACCAAAUGAACCUAUAGUUUAUGCUAUUACACCCACUUAUAAAAGACCUGUUCAAAGAGCCGAAUUAACUAGGCUAUCCAAUACAUUUCGUCUUGUGAACAAUUUUCAUUGGAUUGUUGUUGAAGAUGCUGAAUCAAAGUCGACACUUGUAGCUAAUUUGCUUUUAAAAAGUCACUUAAAUUAUACACACUUAUCUAUAGCAACACCAGCUGAAUGGAAGAGACAGCUUAAGGAACCAAAAUGGAAAAAACCUAGAGGUGUUAAACAAAGAAAUAUUGCCUUAGAAUGGUUAAGAACAGAGAGAGCUAGAAAAGAACAUGAUGGAAUUGUUUACUUUGCCGAUGACGACAAUACAUAUAGUGUUGAUUUGUUUGAUGAAAUACGUGUUGUCAAAGGUGUUGGGGUUUGGCCCGUUGGUUUAGUUGGAGGCCUUUUAGUCGAAAAGCCAUUAACAGAUAUAAACGGUAAAGUGAUAGGAUGGAAUAGUGCGUGGAGACCAGAACGACCGUUUCCAGUUGACAUGGCAGGCUUUGCCAUUAAUUUGAAUGUUUUGCGUAAGCAUCCAAAUGCGGCAUUUUCAUGGACAGUAAGUCGUGGCUUUCAGGAAAGUGCUAUAUUAUCACAAGUGGUCACUUUAGAACAAUUAGAACCUCUUGCAGACAAUUGUACAAAGGUGUAUGUUUGGCAUACAAGAACUGAAGAACCUGUAUUAAAAGCUGAAGAGAAAUUAAAAAAUCGUGGAUUACGUUCUGAUAUGAAUAUUGAAGUCUAACUGAAGUUUUUGUGUUACAAAUGGUGACUAAUUAGGUUGUUAAUUAAGCAAUCGGUGAAGGGUAAUAUUCACAAUUUAAAUUAAAGGAAAGAUAGACCAUUUUAAAAUGGAUGAUGAGUCUUUAAUAUUUUUACAAGUGCUCUAUCAUAGGGAUGAUUUAAUUAUCUAGUAAAUGAUAAUCAUCAACUGACAGUGCCAUGUUUUGGAUUUGUUUGCCUAAAACUCUAUUUAUUGACGUAAAUUAAAUUUUUAGUUAGUCUUUUUUUUUUAUUUAUCACAUAUGAUUUGAUUAUGACUGUUAACGCAACCGAUUAUUUGUAUUAUAUUUAUUUGAAUGAAUGUUUUGGUUUUCCUAAUUACUUAUUAUUACUUAUAUAUAUGAUGAUAAUAAUAUGACAUUAAAAUUAAGUUAAAAUCAAAUUAUUAUAACUAAGUAAGAUAACUAUAUGAACUAUGUUAAGUAAUAUAUCAUUAUUCAAUCUUAAUAUUAUAUCGUUCUAAGGUUUAGUGCAAUAAGACAGUCUUAUUUUAAGAUUUACAAUAUUUAUUUUUAUAAGAAUAUAUGUUGAUCUAAAGGAAAAAGUGAUCUUUUAUCUCAUGAAACUCCUAACGUUUUUGUUUUGUAUAAAUAUAAUUUACAAUUUAUUCAUUCCAAUUUAGAUAAUGUAUAAUAAUUCAAAUAGGUAGGUAGGUAAUGCUCAAAAGUAUUUUAAGUCUGAUAAUGGGCUAAAUUACAUAUAAACCUAAUUAUGUGAAGUGAGAGUAAUUUAAUAGAUAAUACAUAAAAAAAAUGACAGUAUAAUAAAUAUAGCGUAGAUUGUAUUGUAAAAUUGAGUUUUAAAAAAUGUUUGUGAAUUGUUACCAAGUAUUGUUUUUAUUUAUAUUUAUAUCAUCAUCAUCAUCAUGAUGUAGCUUAACGGGCCUUGGCCCUUGAAGGCCCAAGGUUGCCAUCAUGAGACGGAUUCUAGACAAAUUUAUAUAUUAUAUAUUCUACUCCUCGCGGGAUACCUACUUCUACGUCUAUGAGGGCGUCUUGUGUU